CUUCUCACUCUACUAUUAAACCACAAAUUUAAUAUCUUCCAUACUAACCAUGCACUUUUGUUUUUUCCUUUGUUUUCUCGUUUUCGGUUUGUUAUCCUAGCAACGGGCAUUGUUGGUCAGAAACUGAAGGGUAAUCAGGAGGAUCCGUGCAAAGUGAAAGGACGUGUUGUGGGUGAUGAAGUCUAUUGUGACCGUUACUGGGAGUGUGUUAGUAGUCAACCGGAAUUGUAUGAUUGCCCGAAUGGUCUUGUCUUUGCCGGUAAACAUCGUGGUGUAACGGAAGGUUGUGAUUAUCCUUGGCGAGCAAACUAUUGCGAUGGCAAACAAUUAGCGAAUGGUCCCAUUUCCACAGAACAUUGUGACUGGUUGUAUGGCAUCUUCGGACAUGAGACAUCCUGCACACGUUACUGGACUUGCUGGAAUGGCACUGCGACAGAACAGCUCUGCAUCGGAGGCCUGCUUUACAAUGAGAAUGCCCACAGCUGUGAUUGGCCUGAAAAUGUUGAUGGUUGUCAGAAGCAUCCACUUUGCAACGACGAUGCCAACGGUAAUGUUCCACUGGGUAAAUCGUGCAAUCGUUAUUGGCAAUGCCAGGGCGGCUAUCCACGUUUGCAGCGCUGUCCAGCUAUGUUGGUUUUCGAUCGGCAUUCAUUGAGAUGUGUUGUGCCACCAACUGAAGAAUGCGAUAUCCCAUCAACACCAGCGCCUAUUGAUGGCGAGGCAGAGACUAACAAUGUCGGUGCUGGUCAAUCUGCAAAAGAUGAGCAGGAACGAAAGUUCGCCAACGAAGGUGUGCCUCCUCUACCAUUGCAAGGAAAGAAUUUCCAACGCGCAAGAAAUUAGAAACGGAAGUGCAAUUUGAAGAAAAACAACAUCAAAUUAAAGAGGAGGAGUGUUAUCAACUACAACACCACGACCAACAUCAGCAACAUAAAAGUACAUAAACUAGCGUAGCAAUAAAGUAGCAACAAAUUCACAAAUUAAGUUAAAACAACAACACAACAAUACAACAACAUAAAAAUCUAGCAACGAUAUUUUUCCUUUUUUAUAUCUUCAUUUACAUAUUUCUUACCGGAUUUUCAAUUUGUUUUGACCGCUUCAACGCGUUCUCUGCAAUGGAACCAACGGGAAAAGUUAAGUGGUUUUUAACUUGGUCGCCCAUUAGAACAAAUAAUUUCUACGCCAACAAAUUCAGCAACAGCAACAACAACAACAACUACAACAUCAACGUCAACGGCAGCAACAUGGAAACUCAUCAGCAUUUAA